AUGAAGUCCGCAAGCGGCGAGCGCACAGACUGCUUCGCGACCGACCCAGAGGACAGAGAUAGCGAGAGCGGAUCGGACUGGAAGUCCACCGGCGCCUGCAGCCCACACCGCGGAAAGGAGCCGGAGCCGGCCAGGCGAUGGAGAAGGUGGAGACGUGGCAGAGAAGGGCGUCUUCCACUUGGUGUGAGUAAACAGAGGCAGGCGGCCAACGCGAGGGAGCGGGACAGGACGCACAGUGUCAACACGGCCUUCACCACGCUGCGCACACUCAUCCCGACCGAGCCUGCCGAUAGGAAGCUCUCAAAGGUGGAGACUUUGCGUCUAGCGUGCAGCUACAUCUCACACCUUUCCAACGUGUUGAUGCUGGGGGAGGAGAAGCGCGACGAGCAGCCGUGCCUCCGCCACCAGGCUGCCGGCGUGCACGGCCCCGCACAACGGAGCGCGCCGCCGCUCCGGGCCAUCUGCACCUUUUGUCUGAGCAACCAGAGGAAGCAGGUCAGUGACGUGGACCAACCAAAUUGGGAGGCUUGA